AUGGGUGUAAUGAGGCCAGAAUUAAUUAUGAAGUCUAUCGUCCCAGUUGUCAUGGCUGGUAUCGUUGCAAUCUAUGGUUUAGUCGUGUCUGUUGUCAUUUCUCAGCAGAAGGAUAAAUCUACUCAAAUGGCUACCUCACUCAAACAACUAGGUGGAGGGCUAAGUGUAGGACUUUGCGGUUUGGCAGCUGGCUUUGCAAUUGGUAUCGUCGGUGACGCAGGUGUACGUGGAACUGCUCAACAACCUCGGCUUUUCGUCGGGAUGGUCCUGAUCCUGAUUUUUGCGGAAGUCUUAGGGUUGUAUGGCCUGAUCGUUGCCCUGAUUCUCUGCAAUCAGUAA